AUGACCACUUGUCUCCUGCGCCCUUAUCCUCCGGGGCUCCCUCCCCCUUGCCCCGAUCCCAAUCAACCCACCCGCCUCGAAUGGGACCUUGGCCGCCGGCGCCGUUGCCAGCCCCGCCACCUUCUCCGGUGCAUCGCCGCCUCCGCGGCUACCUUGCAGCGAGAACUCAUCACGCUGCCCAUCACAAGAACCACCCAGAACCCCGGCCGAGUGAACCCACCUAACCUGUUGGACAGAAUGCCUGACAGGAGCACCACGAAGAUUUCGAGCGCAGGUAACCUGUUGGACGAAAGGCUUCGGACGGGCGGCCAGAGAGCAAGCGGACGUGAUCCUCAUGAGGGCGGCGGGAAGAGCGAGAGCGCGGACUUCGUGGCACUGGCGCACGCUGGUCGGCAUGCGGAGGUCGUCGAGCUCUUCUGCAGUAUGCGGAGGGAGGGGGUCCCGGUGAACAGGUUUGUGCUACCGAGUGUGUUCAGAGCUUGUGCCUGCCUAUGGGACAGAAGGAUGCUCCAAGCCGUGCACGGUCUGGUCAUCAACUGCUCGUUGUGUCAGCAUGUGGUCGUAGGCACUGCGUUGGCUGCUGCAUAUAUUGAUUUUGGCUUGGUAGAUGAUGCCAGUAAGGUGUUCAAUGAUAUAAGCCAGCCCAAUGUGGUCUCUUGGAGCGUGAUCAUUGGCGGCUAUGCCCGUUCUUCUCAGUGGGACAAAGCCUGGGAUGCAUUCUCAGCCAUGCAGUGUUCGGGCUUGCUUCCAAAUGUUUCUGUUCUUGUUAUGGCAAUUCAAGCAUGCGGUGCAUUGGGCUGCCUGGUCCGAGGGAAGCAGAUGCACACGAUGGCAGUUGUCCUUGGAUUUGGAAGGAAUGCCACCGUGUGGAACUGCCUCAUUGAUAUGUAUGGAAAAUGCGGCAGCAUGGAGAGUUGCCGGAGGGUGUUUGACACAGCGAUCAGCAGGGAUCAAGUGAGUUGGAAUACGAUCAUCUCAAGCUAUGUUCGUCUUGGACUUUGUGAAGAGGUGCUAGAAAUGAUCGUUCAGAUGCAGGAGUCUGGUUUCACUAUUGAUCGUUUCACUCUUGGCAGUGGAGUUGCAGCAUGUGCCCACUUGGCUGACAUAGACAGUGGUCGUGCAUUUCAUGGCUAUUUGAUUAGAAGAGCGUUAGAUACUGAAGUCAUCCAGGGCACUGCACUUCUUGACAUGUAUAGUAAAUGCGGCUACAUGGAUCUUGCUCGAUUGGUAUUUGACAGGAUGGAUGAGAGAAAUUAUGUUUCAUGGGAUGCACUCUUGUCUGGGUUUGUUGAAAAUGGGCGAGUUGAUUCAGCACUUGACACUUUUCGACAAAUGGAGUCCGCAAAUAUAAAGUCUAACCAACAUACCUUUGCGAACCUUCUGAGGCUCUGUGGUGACAGAAGGUACAGAGAGUAUGGGAGGCAAAUUCAUGGCCAUGCCAUAAGGGUCAUAAACCAGAUGAAUGUAGUACUGGAAACUGAGCUUAUCGAUAUGUACGCGAAGUGUGGGUCUAUUGAAGUCUCUCAGUUACUGUUUCUCAGGAUGAAUGAGCGGAACUUGAUAUCAUGGAACACAUUGCUUUCAGGUUACGUGGGUGAUGGACAGCCUGUUGCCACGAUAAACAUUUACCGUCAGAUGGAGAUGGCAUGUGUUAGGCCUGACCAUUACACUUUAGCAGGUCUUCUAAACCUGUGCCGCUUCCAAGGGCUUUUGCGUUAUGGAAGGCAGAUACAUGCUCGUCUCAUCAAGACAAGUUCUGAAAUGAAUGUUGUAUUACAGACUUUGCUUGUUCAUAUGUACUUCAAGUGUAAACGAUGGCGGGAUGCGCACAAUGUUUGCACUUUGAUCAGAGAGAGGAAUUCUCAUGUUUAUGAAGCAUUUUUCAAGGUUUAUGGAGACGACUACUUGAUCUGA